UGGCAACACAACAUGUCUGACAAACUGACAUGUCAGUUUAUCAGUUUAUUUAUAGUUAUUUGCUAUCAAAAUUAUUCCAAACGAUAAAAUCAAAUAACAAGUAAUCAAGUGUAACUUUUAUGUAGUUUUUCAUAUUUUUAUCUUAUCGUAUACAUUGAAAAUUACGUUUUAUAUAUAAAACACAUUUUAAACUAUAGUGUACACUUUAGACCCCAUCUAAUUUGCAAUGAAAUAUCUGGGAUAUGUGAGGUGACAAUGAGAGUCUUAAAAUAGAUACAGAUCAAUUACGAAAGUCUACUUGCAUUUCUAUUAAAGAUAAAAUAGCGUAAUCGAUAUCCAUAGAGAUAAACUGUAAUAUGGGAAGUCGAAGCAAAUUUGAAGACAUGUCCAGAAAUGUGAAAAAAAUGAUGAGCUUUACCUUUAUAAAAGGAUUAUUCCUGAACCCGGCGAAACUGUCGAUUACGGCGUUCAUUAUACUUAUUGCAGAGCUGAUACUCAACAUACUGAUUGUGGAGAGAGUACCCUAUACAGAAAUUGACUGGAAGGCCUAUAUGCAAGAAUGUGAAGGAUUCCUUAAUGGAACAUUAGAUUACAGUCAACUUCGGGGGGACACAGGUCCACUAGUCUACCCCGCUGGAUUUGUUUAUAUUUAUUCUAUGUUUUAUUUCUUAACAAAUCAAGGACAAAAUAUAAAACUUGCUCAAUAUAUAUUCAUAGGUAUAUAUUUAUUACAAUUACACUUUGUUUUUAAGAUUUAUAAAAAGACAAGAAAAGUGCCGCCAUAUGUGCUUCUUAUUACAAUUUUAACCUCAUAUAGAAUACACUCAAUUCAUGUUUUAAGAUUGUUCAAUGAUCCAAUAGCUGUUCUCUUCCUUUACAUUGCUUUAAAUUACUUUUUAGAAUCAAAGUGGCACUUAGGAAGCAUUUUUUAUAGUCUAGGUGUUUCUAUUAAAAUGAAUAUUAUACUGUAUGCCCCAGCUUUAUUCUUUUUUUAUUUAGUAAAUUUAGGUUUAAAAGAUACUAUCAAACAAAUAUUUUUGUGUGGAUUAAUUCAACUAGUUCUUGGUUUACCAUUUUUAAUAGUAGCACCAAUUUCUUACUUGCGAGGAAGUUUUGAUCUAGGUCGUGUUUUUAAUCACACCUGGACUGUAAAUUAUAGAUUCCUUGAUGUAAAAGUGUUUGAAAAUACAUAUUUCCAUUUAACAUUGUUAGCAAUACAUAUUUUGCUGCUUGUAAUAUUUUUACCUAUGUUUGUCCAAUAUUUUAAGAGUUAUUGUAGACUAAGAUAUGUUCAGAAACAAGUUCAACCACAAAUAGAUGCUAAAAAUGUUGAGAAUAAGAGAAAAGCAAAAAUGAUGAAAGAUAAAUUAAAAGUACAAGAGGUAAAUGAAGAAAAACUAACAAAAGACCAAGAGGAGUUCCUUAAUUCAUUUGAAUCAAUGCUACAAAAAACAUCAAAUACAAAUGUGAAGAAGAAAAAAGUUGUAGAUGAAAAUGAGAAACUACAUUACAGCAUUAACUUUGAAAUAAUUUCUCAAUUGUUCAUUUUGCCUAUGUUUCUGACCAACUUUAUUGGGGUAGUAUGUGCAAGGAGUCUACAUUACCAGUUCUAUUCAUGGUAUUUUCAUAGCCUACCCUAUCUUUUAUGGUCUACCAAUCUCUCUGUUAUUGUAAGAUUUUUGAUCUUAGCCCUGAUUGAAUUCUGUUGGAACACCUACCCAAGCACUGAUGCAACAAGUGCAAUGUUACAUGUGUGUCAUCUUAUUAUUCUGUAUAGUAUUUAUAAAAAGACAUCGGCUGAAUUAAGUGUAGCUUCAAAAGUUGAAUAAUGACUGUGUUGAAAAAUCUCUUAAGACCUUUAGAAUUAAAUAUUUAAUUAAGAUGUGUUCAA